AUGACCAUGAUCCGGGAUAAACCAUGCGAUAGAGACACGAUCCACUUUUUUCAUCCCCUUAUGUUUCAUCAUCUUUCCUCAGGAACAAUGCCUCUCGACUGAAUCAGGCUUUAGUGGGGACUUGAACGUGCUGAUUUAUUCAUUUCCAUUUCUUGGUGCCAGUGGAGUCAGUGGUGAUUGUUGCAGUUAAUCUAUUGUGACUUCGGAGGGCUGCAUGGGAGAAGGCCGGCCAUGUCUGCUUUGUUUGGGAGUCUGCUCGUUUUGAAAGAGGCCGACUUUAAUGAUUCCGUAUGGUUUUUAAGCACCGUCCACAUGUUGAGUCAGUUUUGGCUCUACGUUGACUGUAUGUUACGGUAGUUUUUCUGAAAGGCACGCGUGUCACUUAGUUAUUUCCUUUGGGACAUCGCUGCUCACUAAAUUCAUCACUUGUGAAGUCAUGUCGGUGACCGUUGUAGCACCUACCGGAGCUUAUUUCAGUCCACUUCUCACUCCGCUUUUGGAAAUAUUUAAGCGGUCUGAAAAAAACAUCUUAACAUUUUCCAAAUGGUGUUCCAGGCUUUUUGUCUAUGGCUUUUUCCUUUCUCUCUCUCUCUUUUUCUUUAUAGAUGUGCCGAGGGGUCACCAGUUGUGGGUUUGUUUCUCCUUCCCUAUCCGGCAAUUUCAGUUGUCUUCCAGAUCACGGUCCCUCAGACGUGUUCGCUGCAGGUUGUUUUGCUUUUAAAGGCUUUUUAAUGGCCUUGUAAAACUAAUCUGAUUGCUUUCUUUUUUUCUUUUCUUUUUAUCAACUGGUUAUUAGACAUGUUGGGCAGUUAAAAAAGAGUGACUGGGGAAAAAAUAAACAGAGAGUGGCCUGUUUUUCUCAGACUGUUUGCUGGACCGUGAGAGGAGUGAGCUUGGGUGUAAACCUUGUGGAGAGGUUGUUAUCGUGACUCCACCUGGGUACUUUCUCAUCAGUGGGUGACUGCUGGAUGUUAGAGACAAGACGUGCAUGAGAAACCCUGCCUCCAGACAUGGAAAUACGCAAGAGAGGACUGUGCAAGCUGGCGAGUUACUGGGGCAUCUCUCAGGAUGAUGUGUCUGCUGAAAGUUGUGGUGGAGCAAGAGGGGGUUUAAGGGUCAGUGAAAGAGAAGACUCUGGGAGAGAUUCCCAGAAUUGGUACCGUCUGAGCAUUCCACCUCUGUGGCCUUGGCAGACUGUUGUCAUAGCAGCAGGGUUGGUAUUGGCUAUGCUGACUGGGCUGGCUCAUGCCUGGUGUGUUUACUCCAUACAUGAGAACCUGCUGUGGUUUUCUCACCUCAAGGAAGUUGAGCGUGAAAUCUCCUUUCGGACAGAAUGUGGCCUGUACUACUCCUACUAUAAACAGAUGUUGAGAGCUCCCUCCAUACAGCAAGGUCUUUCAGAGCUCAUCAAUGAUAACGCCACUGAAUCCAAGAGAACCAUCAACCUCCUGCGACGCAUGAACAUCUAUCAGGAGGUGUUCCUAGGUGUUCUCUAUAGGAUUCUACCCAUACAGGCCUACCUGGAGCCAGUGUAUUUCUACAUCUACACCGUGUUUUCCCUCCAAGCGGUGUAUGUCAUAGCCCUGUUCAUCACCAGCUGGCUGCUCAGUGGUUCCUGGCUAGCAGGGGCUCUCACUGGAGUCUGGUACAUCCUCAACAGAGUGGACACAACUCGGGUGGAGUUCACCAUCUCGCUCAGGGAGAACUGGUCCCUGCCCUUCUUCGCUCUCCAGAUAGCUGCCAUCACUUGCUACCUGAGGCCUCACCUCAAACCCAUCCAGCAGAAGGUGGUGUUGUGGCUGAUGUUCCUGGCCACGUUGUGUUUCUGCCUCACCUGGCAGUUUAAUCAGUUCAUCCUGCUGGUUCAGGCUCUCAUCAUCUUCACCCUGGACUGUCUGGACCUCAUCUCCACAGAACAGGUGACCUGCCUGUACCUAGUCCAGGUAAGCAGCCUGCUGUCCGUGUGGCUGCUGCAGUUCUGUAACUCCAUGAUCCUAGGCUCUCUGGCUCUCAGCUUCAUUGUGGCCGCUCUCUUUGUCAAGCACUUCCAGAGAGGGCUGAAGACUGGUGGUCUCGCAGCGCGGCUGGGAAAGCUGCUCCUUCACACCGUCCUCGUCCUUGCACUAACAUUCACUAUUAAUUAUUUAGCCAAGCAAGCGUUGCAGCUCCGUUCUGACGAACACAUCUUUAAAUUCAUCAAGUCCAAAUUUGGCUUGGGCCCUACCAGAGAUUUCGAUGCCAGUCUGUACCUAUGUGAGGAAGCCUUUGGGCUGCUUCCCUUGGACACGUUUGACCGCUUGGCUGGCACUCUGCUGGCAUACCCUUACCUCGUCACCCUGAUUGUGCUCCUGGUGAUGCUGGCGCUGGUAACACUGGCCAACCUCUGUGAUUCUUCAGCGGUCGGGCGGCCGCCGAAAGGCCGAUGCGAGGCGCGGCCGAUCUGUAUGCGGGCAGAUGUCGCCUACAAUCUGUUACAUACCGUCUUCUUCGGCCUCUUGGCGCUCGGCACCAUGAGAAUGAAAUAUCUGUGGACUGGCCAUAUGUGUGCCUUUGCUGCCUAUGGCGUGUGUGGCAAGGAGCUGUGGUCCCUCUGCCUUAACAUGAUUCACUGUAACACUAAAACAAAGCUGAGGCUGAUCAGGUACACGCUUCCACUUGUCAUUCUGUGUUUUCUAUAUUACAAGUUCUGGCCCAAACUGAUGACGGAAGUAUCAGAACUGAGAGAAUUCUACGACCCUGACACCGUUGAGCUGAUGACCUGGAUUAGCUCGAAGACCCCCAAGAAGGCGGUGUUUGCUGGCAGCAUGCAGCUGCUGGCUGGGAUCAAACUGUGCACAGGGAGAGUCCUGACUAACCACCCACACUAUGAAGACCGAGCUCUGAGAGAGAGGACCAAACAGGUGUAUCAGAUCUACGCCCAGCAAUCCCCAGAGGAGGUCCACAGGAUCCUGCGCGCGGCGGGGGCUGAUUUCGUGGUGAUGGAGGACAGCAUCUGCUACGAGAGGAGGCAUGGCCGGGGCUGCAGGCUCCGAGACCUGCUGGAUCUGGCCAACGGACAUAUCAUGGAUGGCCCUGGGGACAAUGACCCAGACUUGGUCCACUCUACCCACCCUCGCUUCUGUGAGUCCAUCAAGACAGACGGCCCUGCCUACACCGCCCUCUUCACCCGCGUUUUCCAAAACAAGACCUUCCACGUCUACAAGCUGAAGAGGGGCAAGAAGAGAGCCAAAGCCGACAGAGAGCCAGUGGCCAUGGAGGAUAAAACCCAGUAAUAAGACCCUGGGGACCCCAUAAACAACCCCCGCCCAUCCAUAUCCAGCAGCUCCCCAGUCUCCGUCUCAGCCUCCUGCUCCCUUCCAUGUUGAUAACCUGAUGACUGCUCUGUGCUCCCUGCUCUCUGGUCUACUCGACUUCAUCUGGAACCAUGGCUACAGUCUCCCUCCCUCCUUCCAUCCCUCCCUGCGCCACGGCAGCCAGAGGCAGGUAAUCACGGCCGGCUGACACGGCGCUGAUUUGAGCAGCGUCUGAUUGUGGCGGGCGAGCAGAUGAGCACAUGCAUAUCAAACCAGGGCUUUGUGUCAGGAAGCUCAUGUUUAAACAGGAGAGGAGGGAUGACGGCACAUCACAACAACAUUCACGGCUCCCUCUCGCUUUCACCCAGACUAAAGGCAGAGCAGAGAAGAAAGAGGAGAGGUACCUUUGAGAGGGAGCUGAUUGAAAGCUAGAGCAGUGGGGGUAAUUAUUGCAAGGACCAGUCUGGUCUCUUUGGUGGCUGGGGCUGCAGCCUGACUGCACAGCUGCACCCUGUGCCAUUUCCUUGUUUUUAAACCGUGCCAUGGCUCGUCUCCACUUGUUAAUGAGGACUCCUCUUUUGAUACUCUCUCACAGAAACACAAAAGUUCUGCAUAAGUUGUCAGUUGUGGUGUAUCAAGGGGAAGUGGCAUUCUCAUUGUAAUGCAUAACAGUCCUAUCACUGUGAAGAGGAUUUGCUUGUUCAUUCCGUUGCAUUGAAAUUGGAUGUUUAAUUUAGGAGUUGGCCAAUAAUACAUUUUACGAGGGAGAAGUAAUUUCAUUAUGUUUGCCUAAUAAGUGCAUACUAAUGUAAUGUUUUUGAGCAUUGACAUUCUUCAUUUUCAUAUUUAUUAAUAAUUCAGUUGAGAUGCAUUGGUCAUUUAAACCGACAGUAUUUUUUUUAAAUGAGCAAAUGCUAGAGCAAAUCAUGUAUUAACUGUGUCUAUUCACACCCAACUCAACACCACAGAAUCAAACCGUAUUAUGUAGAAGGACUGCAUUGUGGGUAAACCAUGACCACUGGUCAGUGUUGAAUGAGGUGAAUGGUUAACAUAUUCAGGGCAACUGGUCUAUGUAGGACUGGCUAACAUACCGUGGGUAUCAGAGGUAUUCAAUGCCUUGGAUUUUGUUUCACGUUGGUGGGCUACAAAGUGGGAUUGAAAUAGAUUUAAUUGUCAUUUUCUCAUCAUGGAUUUACACAAAAUACACAACGUCGAAGUGAAAAGAAUUUAAAGAAUAAAAUGUAGACAGAUGACUAAACAUUAAAUGACUCAAAUAAAGUUGUUGAAUAUAAGUAUGCAACCCCUUUGUUUUGAAAGGCUACCCCGUCCUCUGUCCCCCAUACAAGGUCCCUCAGUCAAUAAUUGAAUUUCAAGCACAGAUUCAACUACAAAGACCAGAGGGGUAUACAAUGACGCAAGCUACAGUAGAUCUACUCAGGGUUUUCUAAAGCUAGCCAGCUUCAGUUACUUUCCCAUUCCAGCUCAGGCUUCAUCCGUACUACCAGGGGGGAUAUUGCUUGUCCGUCUACCAAACUGCGUGUGCAUGUUGCACGUGGCUAGUCAAACACCAGGCUUUUCAUUGAGACUGCGUGUGCAUGUUGCACGUGGCUAGUCAAACACCAGGCUUUUCAUUGAGACUGCGUGUGCAUGUUGCACGUGGCUCGUCAAACACCAGGCUUUUCAUUGAGACUGCGUGUGCAUGUUGCACGUGGCUCGUCAAACACCAGGCUUUUCAUUGAGACUGCGUGUGCAUGUUGCACGUGGCUCGUCAAACACCAGGCUUUUCAUUGAGACGAUGGUGAAAUAAUCCAUGGGAAAGUCGGUGGCGUAUUUUCAUUUGUGCCAAAAUCUAAAUGAAAGAAAAGGUAUCUAGCAAAUUCACCGGGCUUUCGUGUGAAAUAGACUUUUUGAAGCAGUGUUUUUGUAUUACUUUGGUGUGGUUAUCAACACAAGUAACUUUUCCCCCACUCCUUAUUGAUCAAAUAAUUGUAUUAAGUCAUGCAAAUUUUUGUACCGUGCGUGAAGUUUCAAAUACGGUUGUCAUUACUACAUGUGGAUUGUGAUUAAUGUGUCCAUGUUAAAAUACCUAUUUGGAUAGUCCCAUCUGUAGAUGCUCUACAAACGUUCAUACUGUCAAUAUGCUAUCAAGGUCAAACUAUCUGUUGAUAAGCAACUGCGGCUUCCUGUCAUGUUGCGGUUAGGGUUAUGUUGCGGUUAGGGUCAUGUUAGGGUCAUGUUGCGGUUAAGGUCAUGUUGCGGUUAGGGUCAUGUUGCGGUUAGGGUCAUGUUGCGGUUAGGGUCAUGUUGCGGUUAGGGUCAUGUUGCGGUUAGGGUCAUGUUGCGGUUAGGGUCAUGUUAGGGUCAUGUUGCUGUUAGGGUUAUGUUGCGAUUAGGGUCAUGUUGCGGUUAGGGUCAUGUUUAGAAUAAGGGUUAGGGUCAUGUUGCGGUUAGGGUCAUGUUGCGGUUAGGUCAUGUUGCGGUUAGGGUCAUGUUUAGAAUAAGGGUUAGGGUCAUGUUGCGGUUAGGGUUAUGUUGCGGUUAGGUCAUGUUGCGGUUAGGGUCAUGUUUAGAAUAAGGGUUAGGGUCAUGUUGCGGUUAGGGUCAUUUUGCGGUUAGGUCAUGUUGCGUUUAGGGUCAUGUUUAGAAUAAGGGUUAGGGUCAUGUUGAGGUUAGGGUCAUGUUGCGGUUAGGGUCAUGUUUAGAAUAAGGGUUAGGGUCAUGUUUAGAAUAAGGGUUAGGGUCAUGUUUAGAAUAAGGGUUAGGGUCAUGUUUAGAAUAAGGGUUAGGGUCAUGUUUAGAAUAAGGGUUAGGGUCAUGUUUAGAAUAAGGGUUAGGGUCAUGUUUAGAAUAAGGGUUAGGGUUAGUAGAUAGUUAUUUGAAAUUUUACAGAUGCUUUACAGACGACCCACCCGAAACACGGCAAAGCCUUGUGUUUGAGGCAAAUCCAACACAACUCAUCACUGAGUAACUGUAUCAUUAUUUUCAUCACGGUAUGGGCAUGCUGGACAUUGGCAAAGACUGGGGAGUUUUUCAGGAUAAAAAUAAAUGAGAUUAAGCUAAGCACAGGCAAAAUCCUAGAGGACAACCUGCUUCAGUCUGCUUUACACCAGACCCUGGGUGAGGAAUUCACCUUUCAGCAGGACAAUAACCUACAACACAAGGUUGAAUAUACACUGGAGUUGCUUACCAAGAAGACAGUGAAUGUUCCUGAGUGGCCAAGUUAGUUUUGGCUUAAAUCUGCUUGAAUCUAUGGCAAGACUUUUUAAAAUUGCUGUCCAGCCAUGAUCACCAACAUCUUGACAGAGCUUGAACAAUUUACUGUAUAAAAUAAUAAUUUUCAAAAAUCGAGGUGUGCAGAGCUCUUAGAGACUUACUCCAAGAAGACUCACAGCCGUAAUACUUAGGUAUAAAAAAAUAUAUAUAUAUACAGUUGAUGUCGGAAGUUUACAUACACCAUAACCAAAUACAAUUAAACCCAGUUGUUCACAAUUCCUGACAUUUAAUCCUAGUAAAAAUGCCCUGUCUUUGGUCAGUUAGGAUCACCACUUUAUUUUAAGAAUGUCAAAUGUCAGAAUAAUAGUAGAGAGAAUGAUUUAUUUCAGUUUUUAUUUAUUUCAUCACAUUCCCAGUGGGUCAGAAGUUUACAUGCACUCAAUUAGUAUUUGGUAGCAUUGCCUUUUAAAUUGUUAAACUUGGGUCAAACGUCUCGGGUAGCCUGUCCCAUUCCUACAGACAGAGCUGGUGUAACUGAGUCAAGUUUGUAGGCCUCCUUGCUCGCACACACUUUUUCAGUUCUAACCACACAUUUUCUAUAGGAUUGAGGUCAGGGUUUUGUGAUGGCCACUCCAAUACCUUGACUUUGUUGCCCUUAAGCCAUUUUGCCACAACCUUGGAAGUACGCUUGGGGUCAUUGUCCAUUUGGAAGACCCAUUUGCGACCAAGUUUUAACUUCCUGACUGAUGUCUUGAGAUGUUGCUUCAAUAUAUCAACAUCAUUUUCUUUCCUCAUGAUGCCAUCUAUUUUGUGAAGUGCACCAGUCCCUCCUGCAGCAAAGCACCCCCACAACAUAAUGCUGCCACCCCCGUGAUUCACGGUUGGGAUGGUGUUCUUUGGCUUGCAAGCCUCCCCCUUUUUCCUCCAAACAUAACGAUGGUCAUUAUGGCCAAACAGUUCUAUUUUUGUUUCAUCAGACCAGAGGACAUUUCUCCAAAAAGUACAAUCUUUGUCCCCAUGUGUAGUUGCAAACCGUAGUCUGGCUUUUUUUAUGGCAGUUUUGGAGCAGUGGCUUCUUCCUUGCUGAGCGGCCUUUCAGGUUAUGUCGAUAUAGGACUCUUUUUACUGUGGAUAAAGAUAUUUUGUACCUGUUUCCUGCAGCAUCUUCACAAGGCCCUUUGCUGUUAUGGGAUUGAUUUGUACUUUUCACACGAAAGUACAUUAAUCUCUAAGAGACAGAACACGUCUCCUUCCUGAGCAGUAUGACGGCUGCGUGGUCCCAUGAUGUUUAUGCUUGCGUACUAUUAUUUGUACAGAUGAAUGUGGUACCUUCAGACGUUUGGAAAUUGCUCCCAAAGAUGAACCAGACUUGUGGUGGCCUACACAUUUUUUUUUUCUGAGGUCUUGGCUGAUUUAUUUUGAUUUUCCUAUGAUGUCAAGCAAAGAGGCACUGAGUUUGAAGGUAGGCCUUGAAAUACAUCCACAGGUACAUCUCCAAAUUUGGUCAAUUAGCCUAUCAGAAGUUUCUAAAGUCAUGACAUCAUUUUCUGGAAUUUUCCAUGCUCUGUAAUUAUAAGUGAAAUAACCAGUCUGUGAACAACUGUUGGAGAAAUUACUUGUGUCAUGCACAAAGUAGAUGUUCUAACAGACUUGCCAAAACUAUAGUUGUUAACAAGAAAUUUGUGGAGUGGUUUAAAAAUCAGUUUUAAUGAUAUAUAUAUAUAUAUAUAU